UUUGAACAGUGUUGCCAACAGUGCUUUAACUUGUAACCUCAAAAUUACUUCAAAAUUUCGCUGAUUAAACUCAUCAGUUUAUGAUUAAUUGGUAAUUUACACUAAAAAUGGGCAAAGUGCGCAGAUCGAGGAAAAAGUUCCACUUGGAAGCGAAGUCGCAGCCCCCUAAGCCCCACGAGACAUCUAUUUCAGGCCCGACCCCAGAAUUACUCAUCAAACCUCAGGAAAAUCUUUUUGAAGGGGUUCAUAUCGAUUUUAAGUCACUAAACAUGAACUUUGAUGAUGUAGGAAGUGUGAAGUCAUUCAAAUCUGUUAAAUCCGAAUCUGGAAAAAGUCUCUCAAAAAAGGACAAAUUGAAAUUGCGUCGAGAAAUGCUUAUGAAAAAAUUUGAAGUGUUGAACCAACAAAAACUACACGACAAAAGGAAGAAAACACCGGUGGUUGGUGAUAUGAACCCUCUACAUGAUGCUUUACCCUCUUUGGAAAGUUUGUUAAAAAGUAGGGCUAGUAUUCCAUAUAAACAGAGUACGCAACCACAAAAGAAAAAAGGGAUUGAGAAGAGUAAAAAAAUUAAAAAGAAUCAGUUGCAAGGAAUAAAAAUGUUUCAACACAUAAUGAAAAAUAAACAGUUUAAGGAAAAACCCCAGUUGGUGAUCGACCAACACCUCAAGUCUUUGUUAGAACAGGAAAAAAAGAGUUUUAAUUAAAUUGAAAUAAAAUUUUUAAUAACAUUAA